GCCAUUUGAUGCCCCGAUUGCUGCUUCAGUCACCACUCCUAAUUCAAAUCAACCAUGGACUGUGGGAAUAGUCUCUGAGGUGUUGAGAUCCAUACCGAGAUUCUUUUUCCAAUCAACAAGAUCAAUUGGUCGUCAAAAGGGCUUCCGACACCGUACUCCUCUCAGGCAGAGAAGCAUUGGAGAAGAACACAGUAAAGCUCGCAAAGGCGNAAUGUUGGCAUUGCUGAAUAGUGCAUUGGAGAGCAUACUCUGGAGAACGGCUUAG